AUGGUUUCAAGACAAGAUUCUUUUAUAUCAGUUGAUUCAUUUCAAGCAAAUAGUGAAACAAGUGCUUUGGAUAUUGUUGAUUCAUCUCAAGAUUUAAAUGAAGAACCAAUUUUAAGUAGUACUUCUAGUACUACUAAUUCGAGAUCUCUAGCUGAUCCACAUUUUAAAUAUGUUAAUUUGAGAUGGCAAUGCGAAUAUUGCCUACAUACUUCUACAUUUUUGAAGCAUUUAAGAAGUAAACAUAUAGAAAAACUUGAAAGUUCACCAAGUUUUAAUGACGAAUUAAAAAAAUUUAUUAUCAAAAUAAGAGCAUCACCACAGCGUCGACAAAAUUUUGAACAGCAAUGCAUUAAUAUUGGACUUAAGCCAUUACAACUUAUUUCUGAUAAUGCUACUCGUUGGAAUUCAACAAGUAUGAUGAUUGAAAGAGCAUUAAAUCUCAAACAGACAAUUAAAAAUACUAUACUUGUUGAUAAAGAACUUGAAAUCUAUAGAAUAUUAGAAGAUGAAUGGAAAUAUCUACAAGAAAUUUUAAAUUUAAUGCAGCAUUUUAAAAAAGGAACUAAAUAUGUUGAAGGUCAAUUAUAUCCUACACUUACACAUAGUGUUCCAGUUUAUAAUUACUUAAUAAAUAAACUAGAAAAAAUAAUUGACCAAUCAACAGAAUUAGUUAUAAUAAAUGCUGCAGAUGCUGCAAAAUCUAAAAUACUUGAAUAUUAUCCAUUUACAGAUGGAUAUGUAUAUACAAUUGCUACUAGAAUAGAACUAGAACAUAUUAUCGAAUUGGCUAUGAAUAAGCUUAUUGGUGGACAAUUUUUUAGCAUUUGGAAGAAAGAAGUACAAAUUAAAAUAUUGGAUACUUUGGCUAUUCUAGGACCCUGUUUAUAUAUCAAAAUAGCACCACAAUCUGGAUAUGUGUCUGAUUUAAUAGCAAACAAUAUGCGCCUUUGUAUUAGUGUUAUAGAGGAUUGUAAAUAUUUUGUUAUAUCGAUGCCUACCGAACCUGUGCUAGCAGAGGCUAGCGCUCGAAUAAUAAAUGAUCCAAAAAUCAGCCUCACAGAACUUAUUAAUAAGCUCUCUAAAGCCUUAAAAAAAGGCAUAGUAGAGGCCGAAUUUUUAAAAUCAUUACUCGCGGACAAUGUUUAUGAGAAAAUAAAGAAUCGCCUUGAAGAGACAGUAAAAUUUACAGGAAGAAAAUUCAGUGAAGCUUAUAUUAAGUUCACACACUUUAUCAAUAUUACAUAUAUUCCAGAUAAAAAAGAUCUUAGGGAUGCUCUGAUUCGCGGUAUUGCAUAUUCAUGUAAACGAAAUCAGCGGGGAGCAGGUAUUAUAAUACCGCUCUAUAUGGGCACUCUUGAUGAAAAGUUUAACGAAGAUCGUAUUUCAUACAUACUAAUACAAGUUAAAAAUCACUCUACUAAUAAUAGAGGUUAUGGAUAUAAAAAAUUUGCAACUAGUUGUCUGUCGCCAGCUUAUAUAGGCAUUGAGGAUCUACUGUAUAUGCCAUUUUUGUCGUUGUAUUUGCAAUUAGGUGCAAAAUCAGAAUUAACUGACAUUCCGUCAAAGUUUACUACAACAUGUAAAAUAGAUUUAUGCAAACGUAAAAUUGCAAAAGUACUAGAAAAUUAUAAAAUGGAUGCUAAAGGAACAGAAAAGGAAUUUAUCAAGAAGAUUAGACUUGGAAAGGAAGAUUCAGAUACUUCAAGGCAGUCUACACCAGUUCCUACAACCUCACCAUCGACCAAGGUUAAUGAUCUCACAAAUAGCCUUAAACAUUUAUUGUCUGCAUGGGUUGAUCCCGUGAUGGGAGAAAGUCAAGAAACAAUGGAGAUAGUUAAACGUAUGACUCCAAAG